AUGGCUUCUUCUUCUUCUCUUUCUUUUCAAGACAAGUACGAUGUGUUUCUCAGUUUCAGAGAUCCAUCAGUUGUACGAAAGCAGACGGGGAGUUAUGCAGUUUCAUUUGCUGAACUUGAAGAGCGUUUCAGAGAUAGAAUGGAGAAGGUGCAUCAGUGGAGGGCUGCUUUGACAGAAGUGUCUAAUCUUUCUGGGUUGGAUUCAAAGGAAUUCAGGCCUGAAAAAAAGUUAGUUCAAAUAAUCUUUGAAGACAUUACAAAGAAAUUGCCGAAAUAUCUUUCAUCAAAUAUGCAUACGAAUGGGCACCUCACCCGAAUUGAAAAAGAGAUCAAGGAAAUUGUAUCAAUAUUAUGCAUUGGCACAGAAGAUGCUCGGAUUAUAGGUAUUUGGGGCAUGGCAGGUUCUCCUGCAAAAGAUUAUGAAAAGCUGGUAAACCAUGUGAUAUGCUACGCUCAUGGAAAUCCACUGGCUCUUAAAGUCUUGGGUUCUUCCCUUUGCUCCAAAAGAACAGAUGUAUGGGAAAGUGCAUUAACCUUUGUGAUAACAGAAUUGACUGCUCUUAUUGAUAAGUCUUUAAUCGAAAGUCAUAUAGACAACAAGCUACGGAUGCAUGAUUUGUUGCGGCAACUGGGUCAAACAAUUGUUCGUGAUGAACACAUAGAACCUAGUAAACGUAGUCGAUUGUGGGAUGUUAAAGAUGUUUGCCAUGUCUUGGAAAAAAAUAUGGGAACCGCAGCAGUUAAAAGCAUCUCAUUCAAUGUGUUUGAAAUUAGUAAAGAUGUAAAAUUGUGCCAUGCAGCCUUCUCAGAGAUGCAUAAUCUACGAAUUCUCAAAAUUUGUUGUGACAAUAUUGGUAACGACAAGUUCAAACUGUACCUCCCCCAAGGUCUUGGUUCUUAUCUUUCUGAUAAGUUAGCAUAUCUUCGAUGGGAUUUAUAUCCUUUAAAAUCUUUGCCAUCAAAUUUUUCUCCUGAAAAUCUUGUUGAGCUGGUGCUACGUGGCAGCCAUGUUCAAAAACUUUGGAAUAAUCAUGAAGUUAAGUCUCUUCCAGUAUUGAGGAGGAUCGAUCUUAGUUGUUCCAAGUUCCUCACUCAACUACCAGAUCUGUCACAGUCUUCAAAUCUGGAAAGUAUAAAUCUUGAAGGCUGUAAGAGCUUGGUUCAGGUGCUUUCAUCUCUUCAAAAUCUUGAAAAGCUUACAUAUCUAAAUUUGAGAGGCUGCUCCAAACUUAGAGAUUUUGAAGAGAUAUCAAAGAGAACAGAGGGGUUCCUGGAUGUUGCAAGGUUAGGAGGCAUUAAGAAUCCUUUGAAGAUUUUCACAUAUCUCAAACGUUGCAUCCAAAGUUUUAUAGGCAACUUAAAUCUCUACUCAUCUCCGGAUCACAUUUCUCAAAAGUUUGCACCCAAUUUAAGAUAUUUAAUUUUAAGGGAGACAGCAAUAGAAACAGUGACCCCAUCAAUUGCGUAUCUAUCGGUUCUUGUUCAAUUAGAUUUGCGGGAUUGUAAAAGACUUAAAAGUCUUCCAACAAGCAUUUGUCAUUUGAAAUCUCUUGAAUUAUUAGUUCUAUUGGGUUGUGCGAAACUGGAAACGUUUCCAGAAAUCUUGAAGCCCAUGGAACACUUGAGAGAACCUGCGUUAGAUUUCUCGGGGAUUCAAGAGUUGCCGGAGUCCAUUGAAAAUCUAGUAUCCCUCAAAAAUUUAUCUCUAGGAAAUUCCGAGGAUCUUGAGUUUCUCCCCAACAGUCUAUGUAACUUAAGGAACCUUGAGUUGAUAUGGCUUUGCUCCUGUUCAAAAAUUCAAAAAUUGCCUGCCCUUCCACCAUCUUUGCCCGAGUUGGUGGUGAAUGAUUGUGAGAAAUUGAAAUCUAUAGCAGAGAUUCCAUCCCUAUGUUUGCGUUUGUCUGCAACUGGCUGCACGUCACUGGAGAACAUUUGA